GGAGGACACGGGCAGCUCUGAGUGCCCUCCCUGCCCGGCAGAGUCCCGGAACCCAGCAGCAGCUCCAGAGAAGAAGUUGGAUUUGCAGCAGGGGAAGGAACACCUGGGCAGGAGCUGCUCUAGGACGUGCUUGUUUUCUCCAGGAAAGGUGAAUCCAAGGGGUGGAAGAUGCUGGAUAAGGCCACCCUGCUCCUGUUCCUGCAUUUAGUCACAUGCUCCAUCUCCUCUCCUCUCUACCCAGCUCUCAGGUACAGUCCAGGGCCAGUUGCUGGCAAGGCCAUGAGCUUCCAGCUGCAGCACAGCAGCUCAUUGCAGAGCCAUUCCCCCCUGGCAGAGAAGGAGGAGGAGGAGGGUCUGUUAACAGACCCCACUGAGAAAAGGAUGCAGCGCCAUGCUGAUGCCAUAUUCACUGACAACUACCGCAAAUUCCUGGGGCAGAUUUCUGCCCGAAAAUUCCUCCAGACCAUCAUUGGCAAGAGGCUCGGAAGCAGCAAGAGCAGCCGAGGGAAAGGGGUGCAGGAGUUCCUGAGCAGGCGCCAGUCUGACAGCAUCCUGAUGGACAGCCAGUACCAGCAGCAGAUGGUACUGAGGGACUUCCUGGGAGCCAUCCUGCACAACCAAAGGCCCCAGGACAUGGAUAGCAGUGGGCUAGAAGGCUUUCCCAACACCCUGGCUAAGCUUAUGUAAAUACUUCUCCCUUUUCCAUCUCCCCAUGCUCUGAAUAAUUCAGAGCUCAUGGACCAAACUGUACAGUGAGCCCCUCAUGGAAGUGAAGACACUCCCAGAUGUGAGCAGCUGGAAACUGAUGCAUACACUCCUCAGAUCUGAUCAAAAGAAUGCAGUGCUGAAGCACUAAAUUCACUCCAGUCUUUACAAUUUAACACCCCUCUUGAAAUACUGCUCUGUACUAAAUCAGAAAAAAAAACCCACCUCUGUGGUUUAACUUCAGGCUGCUUUACACAGAGACUAAAACAAGUGAUACACUUGUAAUCCUGUGGACAUUCUGUCUAGUAAUUAAGGUUUCAAAUCACAAAGUAUAGCAAAAUUUUUUGCCAAGUCAUCUUUCUAUCUGAGGGCCUGAUUAAUAAAUAUGAGGCCACCAAAAGGCACCUUUAUGCAACUUCAUAAAUUGAUUACAGUGUCCUCCAAAUUGGUGCUGAUGGCACAACCACACACAGUAAGCAUCAGGGUGAGGCGACACAUGAAUCUACAAGUCUCCCUUGCAUUGGAAACAGUGCAAACACUGCCUUGGGCUGCUGCUGCUGCCUGGCUCCCUGACACAGAGCCCUGGCAACAGAACAAAUUCUGAAAUGCUCAGCUGUGGUUACUGCUCAGCCUUGAGGAGCUCAAGCUGAAGUUACAGCUCUGCCAGAGCUAAAGGAGAUCCCUGUGCAUCAGAUUGGGCUCUCACUGCUCCAGCUCCAAGUUCUGCUGAGUGCCAUCCCCUGAACUCCACCCUGGCUAUAGUCACAACUGUAAAUGUUUUAAAAGGAGUAAGUUAUUAGCCCAGUGAGAUCAUACAGCUACUUCUUCCCUCUCACCCCACUCUCCCUGUUGUUUGUGUAAUAUUUACAUCUUCAGAAAUGUAAAUAACACCAGGAUGGGGUCUGCUUUCCCAUCAGCAGCAGGAAAUUAGAGUCGUUCUAAAUAAACCUGUCCAACAGCAGGUCAAGAUGGUGCUUUUGUUGAGACCUUAGUUUCUUGAUUCUGGGCCAAGAGUGAAGAUGCUCCUCAAAGACAGUUGUCAAAUGCACCAAGGAUGACUCAAACCUGGGCUAACAAAGGCACCAGCUCCAGUACCAACACCACUACCAGGUUGGAAACACAAUGAUAUAUAAAUGUGAGUUAAUGCCUAUCUAUGAAGUCUACCCCCCUUGCACUCCAAUAAUUCCUUGUUAGUCUGCAGUAGUAACCAUCUCAUUUUUCCUCAGGUAACAUGUUUUAGGAUAGGAGGCUCCAGUGUGCAUGGGAAUUAUUUCACCCUUGCACCAAAUACCUACCUGUUACAGCCUCCCUCUUCAGGUUUUACAAUUCCAGCACUAGGGAAGUAUUACAAACCUCCCAGGAGAGGUUUUUGAGGGAGAUCAGUGAAGCUGUGACAGCAGCAGGGGCACUAAUGGAUAACUGCUACCCUUCCAGGGGCAGGCAGCUGUCAGAGACAUCCUUUUGCUUCACAGUGCAGAAAUACACCAAAGAAUCACCUGAAUUUAAACUCUGUUAAGUGGUAUUAAAGGCAUAUGCAAACACUGGAUUGGAUACUGCCAAUAAAAUCAAAGACCUCUC